GGAGGCUAUAACCAGCUCACUGGACCGGAACCGGGCUGAAACUGGACCAGAACCGGAUGAUCGGCAGCGCUAGGCGGGUAAGCUGUAGGCUAAGGCCCGCACUGCAGCAGCUGAAGCGGUUACCAUGGAUACGGGUGGUGACCAACAGAUCUACCGCCACUUCUCUGGGACAGAAACAGAAGAUUUUUGCUGGAAACUGAGACAGGACUGACUCCUGAUUGGACCUUUUCACAGAUCAGAUCAACAGCUCUAAGUCCGUUUGAAUACUUUGGCCUCCGGACAGAGAAAAGAAACACCACUGACCUCCAUGGCUUCCAGUUACAUUCACCAGCAUGUUCAGCCAAAAUCCAAAGAGGUCGACUCAAAUAACCUGCAGCACUUAUUUGUCCCAGUAACUGUAAGUUUAAUGGGGAAACUCUGUUGCUGAGAGUCUGAGAGACUUCUUAGUCCAGAACCAAACUGACUGGACCUCUUCUGAACGGCUGAUUCUAUCUCCACCCAUAAAAUCCAACAUGGCCGUCUCUGAUCUGGAGGACUACGAUGUUUACAGUCACCUAUCAGAUGAAGAGCUGCUGCAGAUUGCUGUAGAGAGAAGCCUUGCUGACAUCCACCGUCCUCCAGGUUCUGACCAGAUCACAUCAUCAUCAUCAUCAGCCUCAGCCCCUGCUGCCCCGGCUGUCCUGGCUACCCCAACCCAAACAAACCCAAAUCCAAGACAGAGACAUGACCCCCCCAGGAACCUGUACUACGUACCUCACUUGCAACCUCCACCUUCAGACCCCCCAGAGGUCCCAAACUGUGCAAACCCCCCAACAGCCCUGUCGCAGUUUCUCUACAAGGGCUUCAAGAGAGAGGUCAGUCCUUUGCAGGCUCUGAUUAUGAAUGGAGAUGCUGAGGCUCUGAUGGAUUUGGUCAGAUGCAGGUCCAGCAGUCUGACAGACCCAGAUGAUGAAGGCUGGAUGGCUCUUCAUGAAGCUGCUUUUUAUGGCCAGAUACAGUGUGUCCGGAUCCUGGUCAGAGCUCAUCCCGAUUCAGUCAACAAAUGCAAUUUGAAGAAUCAGACCGCUCUGCCCCUGGCUGCCGAGCGUGGAAAUGUUUCCUGUGUCGACUUUCUCCUGAAGCACGGAGCCGACCCAAACAUCGCCAAUAAGGACCAAGAAACACCGUUGUUCACAGCCUGCCAGCAUCUGAAAGUAGCCAUUGUAGACCUGCUGCUGAAGUCUGGAGCUCAGGUAAAUCGCUGCUGCAGUCAGGGAUUAAGUGCCCUUCAUGAAGCCUGCAGACACGGAUGUCUGGAGCUCUGCAGGUUGUUGCUGGAGGCCGGAGCCAGUCUACAAACCAAAAACAUCUACGGCAUCCAACCGUUCUUCACUGCCGCGCAGCACGGACACGUCGACGUCAUCCACCUGCUCGUAAAAAAUGGUGCAGAUAUAAAUGGACAGGCGGGAGAUGGAGCUUCGCCGCUGUACGAAGCCUGUAAGAACGGUCACGUUUCAGCUGUGGAGGCGCUACUCUCUCUGAGAGCUGACACCAACAGAUCCACCAAGUCCGGGCUGCUGCCUCUCCAUGUGGCCGUUCAGAACAAUCACAUACGAAUCGUGUCUUUGCUGAUCCCAGUCACCAGCAGUGUCAGAGUUCGGCGCAGCGGUAUCAGUCCUCUGCACAUCGCCGCAGAGAGGGACAGGGACGACAUCAUGGAGCUGCUGAUCAAGUCCGGCUUCAACGUCAACGCCAAGCUGUCGGAGGAACGCUCCAUGAUGUACAAGGACCGGCGGAGUACGCCACUCUACUUCUCCAUCUACAAUGGGAACCUGGAGGCUGCCGAGAUGCUGCUGGAGGCCGGAGCCGACCCCAACCUGGACAUCUUCAACCCGCUGCUCAUCGCCGUCCGGCUCGGCCGGAUGGACAUGACAAUGUUGCUGCUGAAGUACGGUGCCGACGUUAAUGCCCAGAUCUCCACGCAGCCGUCCUCCUUCCCGUCUGCCUUGCUGCUCAACAUGGAGUGUCUGCCAAUGCUCAAACUGUUGCUGGACCAUGGCUGUGAUGCCCGGCCCUGCUUCGACUGCCCAUACGGCCACAAACCACAUCCCUCUGAAGACAUGCAGGUCAACAGACAUGAGCCGGCAAGGCGCCAAAUUCAGUUCUGUGAAGCCGUCUCCAGCACGUCUUUCUAUCGUGUCACUGGUCCAAUCAUCUCGAUGCUCUUGGACUAUGUUAGUCACGUCCGUCUCUGCUCUCGUCUCCUCGAGGUUCUGGAUAGUCACAGUGGCUGGGCGCCGAUCAAACUGAAAGCUCUUCCUCCUCACCCUCUGAUGCAGCUCUGCAGGCUGAAGAUCAGACGUCUGGUCGGAGUCCGUCGACUCAAACUGCUCCACACCCUGCCGCUUCCUGCCAGACUCAUCCGCUUUCUGCACUAUGACAUCCAAUACUCACUCACAUGAAGCCACCUGACUCACAUGAAGUGUAUGUUAACUUUACACAUAUUAACAUCAGAACAAAUUCUAUGUGCAAAUUAUACGUGUUGGUGUUUUUAACUGUGACCUUUGAUCUGAGUCAAACACCGUGUGUCUGUUAAAUAUAUAUUAUAUAGUCUGUUAUAGUAUACAGUGUGAUAUAUAUAUAUGUGUAUAUAUAUAUAUAUAUAUAUAUAUGUAUGAAAUAAAAAUAUGUAUGAACUCA